AUGGAGAUGGAGCGUAAGCAGAAAAGCCUCUGGCGUGUGGGAAUCGAGUCAGAUACUAGCUCCCUUCCGCUCACCCAGAGUGGGAAUAUGGCUAUUAACCUGGGCGACGAGGGUGAGAGGCACAUGGGAAGUAUGCAAGAGGACAACGGUCUGUUGCGGUCGCUACGAAAUUUUGAGACCUGGAUUGACCGCAAGCUGGGCGUAGAAGCCAUGGGGGUUGAGCGAGUGCCCGAGGACAAGCGACGCCCACCACAGAUUCUGAACAUGAUGUUCUUUUGGUUCUCCGUGCUGACCAGUCCAACCCUAAUCCCUAUCGGCAUGCUGGGUCCUAUCCUUGGACUGUCGGUGCAUACUUCAGUCAUACUGACUAUCUUCGCUGCUAUGACCGGGACCAUCAUGCCCGCCUUUACGGCGACGCUCAGCCCACCCAGUGGCCUCCGCCAGGUGGCCGUCGCCCGUUAUGCAUUUGGCAUCUGGGGAGCCAAAAUCUGCGGGCUACUCAACAUCAUCAUCAACGGCGGAUACGCAGUGAUUGCCGCUGUCGUCGGGGGUCAACUCCUUGUUGCUGUAUCCGAAGACUCCAUCCCACUGGCCGCGGGCAUCGUCAUCAUCGUCGCCAUCGGCUUUCUUGUCUCCUUCUGCGGCUUCACUCUCAUCCAUCACUACGAGCGAUACGCCUGGAUCUUUGCCCUAGUCCUCAUCUGUGUGACAUGGGGCCAAGCCGCGCGGUUCUUUACCUCCACGCCCGGCGUCAGCUCCAUCAGCGGAAUGACCUACAGCGGCGCCUGUCUCAGCUACUUCGCCGUGGUCUUCGGCGUCGCCUGCUCUUGGUGCCCCAUUGCAGGCGACUACUACGUGCACUACCCGGCCGACACAAGCAAAUGGCUCGUCUUCUCCCUCACCUACUUCGGCCAAAUCCUCCCCACCAUCUUCGUCGGCACCCUAGGCAACCACUUCGGCGGCAUCAUCACCUCCAACGACACAAUGUCCACAAUCUACAACACAAAAGGCACAGGCGCCCUCCUCCUAGCAACCCUUCACCCCACCGGCUGGGCCAAAUUCGCCUGCACAAUGUUCGCCCUCACCUUCCUGGCAAACGUAAUCGCAAACAUCUACUCCAGUGCCCUCUGCAUCCAACUCUGGGGCCACCGCUUCCUCGCCAUCCCCCGCUUCGUCUGGUGCGCCCUGCUCUCCAUCUUCGUCCUGGCGUUGGCCUGGGGCGGCCGCGACAAGCUCGAAGAGAUCAUCGACAAUUUCCUCUCGAUCUUGGGCUACUGGACGCUAGCCUUCGGCCUUAUUCUCGCUAUCGAGCACUUCUGGUUCCGGCCUCGCCUGGGCGGGUAUGAUCUAAGCGCGUGGCAGGAUAAGAAGCGCAUGCCAGUUGGGAUUGCGGCUACCGCAGCAUUGGUUAUAGGCAUCGUGUUCUCGUUUUUGGGGAUGAGUCAGACUUGGUAUCUCUCGCCGGUGGCGAAGAGGAUUGGGAAGAAUGGGGGUGAUGUUGGGAAUUAUUUGGUUUUUGCAUCGGUGAUGGUUUUUUAUCCGAUUUUUAGGACAGUUGAGAUUAGGAUUUUUAAGAGGUGA